AUGCACACAGUAUACAAAGGACUAGAUAGACAUCUAUCGUUGAGAAAAGUAGGAGAUUAUUUUGGUUUUCGUCAAAGCGAGGAAGACAUUGUGAAGGUUGUCGAGAGAGCGAAUACUGCUUUGCCAGGAUCUCCUCAGACUCAGAGUAUUGCUAAAAUAACGAUAGAAAGCAUCAAUUCGAAAGUGCCACAUCUCACACCCAACGAUGACAUAAAGUUGCAGUUGUUGACACGUAUCAAAGCAGAUGAGCCUAUGAUGAUACCGUUCCGUCGAUGGGAAUUGCACGAGCUACCAGCACUCACACAAGGAUCCACCAUAGAAAUCUGGUCCGUAAAGACAUGUUCUGCAUUGGACAGUCCAAGAUAUGUUAUAGUAUUUUUCCAAACGAAAAAAGCCGAUAAUUUGCAUGAAGACGUCACCUUGUUCGAUAAUGCCAACAUCAAAUCCAUACGAUUGGCUCUGAAUAGCGACUAUUAUCCGCAAGAACGAAUGCUAUUGGACUUUUCCAAAGACCAAUAUGCCGACGCCCACUUCAACUAUACAGAGUUCAACAAGAGCUACCAUAACUGUCAAGAAAAGCGCUCUCUAGUAAACUUUGCCGAAUUCAAAUCCCGACCAAUGUUUGUUAUCGAUUGCUCGAGGCGCCAUCUAGGCAUGAAGUCGUCUACAGUUGACAUAAAGAAUUUGGGUUACAUCAAUGUCAACAUUUUCUACCCAUGUAAAGCCCCCAUAAGGGAGGGGUUCACUCAUUGCUUUUCCAUAAAGGUUAUUUACAUCGAGAUAAAGAAGGUACUUUGA